AUGACGCUUUGUGUUCUCCUGUCCAAGAGGCUUAACUGCAGCAAUACAUAUUGUGCACCUCCUUUAGGUUCUUCUACUGUCAAGAAAAUGCAUAUUUUGCUCAAAUUUAUUGUUUCUUACAGCACUUGGCUGCAGCGAAACAUAAUUUUUGAAAAUUCACCUCUUUUUGAGGCUGUCAAGGCUGGGCAUGAUAGCAUUGCUUUGCUUCUCAUCAAGCAUGGCUCAACCUUGAAUUUGGAAGAUGCUGGAUGGUACCUUUGUAAGGCUGUAAUGGAUAGCAACAUUGAUUUGUUAAAGCGUUUGUUGGAGAAUGGAGUUAACCCAAACUCAAGGAACUAUGACCUACAAACACCUCUACAUUUUGCAGCAGCAGAAGGUUUGCACCUUGUGGCAAAUAUCUUGAUCAAAUUUGGAGCAGAUGUUCUAUCCAAAGGGUUCUUGGAAGCUCUCAGGUUGGUAAAAGCUGUCAUUCAGAAAAAUGAAGCCCUUUCAACUGAUGAGAUGGCUCCAGCUUCUCAAUUGGGAGGGAGAAAUGAUUGA